AUGGCCGUCAGGGAGACGCGGAAGGAGAAUGACAUCUAUCCUAACCUGGUCACAGCCAUAUCCGCAUACCCGUGUCGCCAAUUCCUUGCAAUGUGUGGAUAUGAUGGAUAG